AUGGCUGUUGAGAAGGGACCUGUUUCUCCCGUACCCAUUCCGGAGCUCACCAAGAUUGCCACAGAUGCUUGUGAUUCGGCCCUGAAGAGCGCCGAGGGUUACGAGCACGCCAAGGUUGGCGAAUGGAACUCCCAAAUCAUUAACACUAUCCUCAAGGCCCUUAUUGCAGCGACUGCCCCAGAGCCUCCCGCGACAUCACCUCCAUACCGCUUCACCGUCAACAGCACCAUCGUUCAACAAGGCUUGAUCGACAAGUCCUCCGCAGCGGAUGGCGCCGUCAGCAACGCCGGCAAGCGUGGUAUGCACUCCGCCUCGGGCGCCUUCUGGGACGUCAACCGUGAUGGAAUGUGGACAUUCAAGUACCCCGGGGCUGAAGAGCGGGGCCUCGAUGUCGUCGUCAGUGUGACAUGGUUUGCUCUGGGCUAG